UGGAGGCAGCUCGGAGGAGGGAAUGGAUGCGAGCGAGCGAGCAGAGGCAGCUUUCUGACGGACCCAGCUCCUCUGUGAUGCAGCUGUUUAUGCUGGCUGUGGAAAAACCCUGGACACCCCGACGACUGCUUUUUAAAACGCUAACGAGCGAGAAAUAAGCGGCUAUUUGUUAUUCUGCACGUGCUGGGAUUGCAUAUGAAGAACUGGGAAAGCCAUGUAGCCAGUGUACUCUCUGCCGUACACACACAGAGAGACACUAUACCGCCGCUUUGAUUUUCCUAAUUCAGAUUUCCCCUGUUUUCUUCGCCGAGCGUGGAAGCCAAAUAUCAACUCGGUAAUAUCACAGAAGUGUACGAGGAGAGAGGACAGCAUUGGCAUCUAUCCAUGCGCGCUCCACACCGGGCUAUUUAUUAUGGAACUGUGACCCCAGCCGAGGUACUACACAUGCUUUCCCCAUCUAUACUUUCACCAAGUGUGUUCAUGUAAGGACGGGGUAUUUUGAGGAUAUCUUGGUUAAAAUGCUUUGCAUGUCGGGGUGUUUUGCCGGCUGUCAGUGACGCAACAUCUCACACAGACUGCAUGAGAAAUACAUGCGUAGAAGGGCGUGAACUUGCAGACACUAACCUCCUUCCCAAUAAUAAAGCAUCUGCUUAUUUAUAAAGCCAGUUUCCUCCGUUUGCAAUCCUAUACCCUUCAUUCAUCUCAACUCAUCCCGGGGACAUAAUGGAUCUCAAAGCGGACUCGGAGGACAUGGACUACAAGCAGCCGGCUCCUAUCGAAGUUUUCGCCAGCAGGUCCACGCUGCAUGGCAUCUCGCACAUGUUCACUUAUGAGCGGAUGUGUAUCAAGCGCAGCCUGUGGAUUUUGUUCUUCCUGAGCUCCGUGAGUGUGCUGGUGAUGGUGUGUGUGGACCGGGUGCAGUUAUACUUCCAGUACCCCCAUGUCACCAAGCUGGACGAGGUGUCUGCUCCGAUGAUGGUGUUCCCCUCUGUCACCUUCUGCAACCUCAACUCCUUCCGCUUCAGCCGGGUGACGCGCAACGACCUGUACCAUGCUGGGGAGCUCCUUGCCUUGCUCAACGGCAGGUAUGAGAUCCGGGACCCACACAUGGUGGAGGAAAGUGUCAUGCAGGUCCUGAAGGAGAGGGCCGACUUUGACAACUAUAAGCCCCGCCCCUUCAACAUGCGUGAAUUCUACGACCGAACGGGCCACGACAUCAAGGACAUGCUGCUCUCCUGCUACUACCGGGGCAUGGAUUGCAGUGCUGAAGACUUCAAAGUGAUAUUUACACGCUAUGGGAAGUGCUACACCUUCAAUUCAGGCCAAGAUGGACGACCCCUCCUGGUGACGAUGAAGGGCGGGAUGGGCAACGGCCUGGAACUGAUGCUGGAUAUCCAGCAGGAUGAAUACUUGCCUGUAUGGGGAGAGACUGACGAGACAUCGUUUGAAGCAGGGAUCAAAGUUCAGAUCCACACCCAGGACGAGCCGCCGUUCAUAGAUCAGCUGGGCUUCGGAGUGGCGCCGGGGUUUCAGACCUUCGUCUCCUGUCAGGAACAACGGCUGACUUACCUGCCUCCACCGUGGGGGGACUGCAAGGCCACGGCGAUGGACUCCGACUUCUUCAGCACUUACAGCAUCACGGCCUGCCGGAUCGACUGUGAGACACGAUAUCUGGUGGAGAACUGCAACUGCAGGAUGGUUCACAUGCCUGGAGAUGCCCCAUACUGCACCCCGGAGCAGUACAAGGAGUGUGCAGAUCCUGCCUUGGACUUUCUUGUUGAGAGAGACAAUGACUACUGUGUGUGCGAGACGCCGUGCAACAUGACACGCUUCGGUAAAGAGAUGUCCUUUGUCAAGAUACCCAGCAAAGCAUCAGCCAAGUACCUCGCCAAGAAAUUCAACAAAACAGAGCAGUACAUAUCUGAUAACAUUCUGGUUCUGGAUAUCUACUUUGAAGCGCUGAACUACGAAACCAUUGAACAAAAGAAAGCCUACGAAUUGGCAGGCCUUCUGGGUGAUAUUGGAGGUCAGAUGGGUCUCUUCAUCGGAGCCAGCAUCCUCACUAUUCUCGAAAUCUUUGACUAUCUAUAUGAGGUGAUCAAAUACAAGCUGUGCCGAUGCGUGAAGAAGAAACACAAAGGCCGCAACAACAAUGACCGGGGAGCUGUGCUGAGCCUGGAUGAUGUGAAACGCCAUGCUCCUUGUGAGAAUCUGCGUACUCCAUCAACAUAUCCUGGCAACAUGCUACCUCAUCACCCGGGCCAGGCCAACUUUGAAGACUUCACUUGCUGAGCAGACCCGGGUGAAGCAUCAAAGUGCGUGUUAUGCAACCAAAGCCAACCAUACAACAAGAACUAUCCAGCACGGGGGAGUGUGAGGAACUGAUACAAAGUCUAACAGAGGCACUUUUUACAUAGAUAGGGAGUAAAGCGGACAAAUCAAAUACGACAAAGAACUGUCACCCGAGGCCAUGUGGAGAGGAUAUCCCAAAUAUAAAAAAAUAUCUGUCAAUUUUCCAGAGAACAUUUCAUGCAGCACUCUAAACUCUUCUAUCUCUUGUGUUUUCCUCUGGAAUACUGCCGCAAAGGAUGCUCAUGGAGGAACCUUGCCAACACAGACCUCUCUCUCUCUCUCUCUCUCUUUCAAAAGACAAAAAAAUAAAAUGUAAAAAUAAACACGGGAACAUGUACAGCUAUCUCAGCAUAGACAGCAGAUCAUAAAAAGAGCCCCAUGCCUUUAUAUAACACAGCAACACACGAUGGUUUCACACAACACCGGCCUGCUAGUGAGACAAAUAUCCAUACUGCUUACUCCACUGUACAUGUAGCAACAUAAUGUAACUGUUGCAGCGCUCCAUAAAACAACAGCUGGACUCUGUGUAGUUUGUACCAGAAUGUAUCUAUGUUCACGAUGAGUGUAGUCGGGUGUGCAGGGAAGUUUUCGGGAGGCUUGUGGUAGUGGUAGAGGUGGAGGUGCAUCAUCUACCAUUUAAAAUGUACUGGUGAUGAUUUCAGGUCUCAUUAUGUAAAUGCAUGCUUGUAUUUGUCCAGUGCAUGUUUUUCAUUUCAUCUCUAAUUUCUUUUUUUUUUCUUUUUCUUUUACAUAAUUAUAUAUAUAUAUCUAUAUAUAUAGAUAUAUAUACAUGAAUAUUAUAAUUACCAAGUUUGCCUCAAUGAUAAACAGGAAAAGGAAGAUGAAACAUCCCAUAUAUAUUUCUGUGUAUGUGUGUAGCUAUGCAGUGUGCACGUGUGUGUGUGUGUGUGUGUGUGUGUGUGUGUGUGUGUGUGUGUGUGUGUGUGUGUGUGUGCCCCAACACAGUACCUGUGUGUGUUUGUUGACUGUGCAAUGAAUGAAUGAGCUGCACCUAAUUUCAUUUCUCAUCCGUUAAUUUUCAUUUCCACACGUGCCCGACGAGUCGAGGAGUUUUCCUUCAACUUCAUUAAACUCUUAUCUCGACUGCAGGAUGAGGUGAGGUGAAUUAUUUUUCGAGGAAAGUUGAUCGCUGAAAUCCAAGUAAUGUGGGGCUGUUAAAAAAAAUUCUGUAUCUGUGUUCUUGUUGCAAAAGUCUUAUCAAAGCACAAUACCGCCAGUAUGUAGAGGUGAUGUAAAAGACAACGUACUAUUCUUCUUGAUAUAUUGUCAUAUUAUUAAUAUCGUGUUGAUCCGACAGUUUUUUGGUUGUUUUUUUCUUUCAUAUAAAACAUACUCGAUAUUGCCUGAUAAUCCUGUCUCCAUCGUCCAGGUAAUAGGCUGGUCUAUUUAGUUAUCAAAGCAUAAAUAAAAUGUAAAUAUCAUUUUGGAAAUUGUUAUUCUUCUGAGGUUUUAUUCUUAUCAGUGAAUUCCCUCUCUGAAGCCUCUAUUUGUCCGUUUGGUUGAGGUAAACAGAGGGAAAGCGACGUAUUUCUCAUCUUCAGAUACUCUGAAAAUCUGAUUAAGCAUUCUGUGCUUCAUCAUUUUGAUAUCUCCAUUUUCUCCAAUCAACAUUUCAUCUUGUGAACACGACAUUUUUUGGAAUUAAAUCAGCAUUAAGGGUUUGGCGGCAGGAGUUUGGCAUUAAAAUAGAUAUUACUUAUCUACUGCAUCCGUUCAUUUGUUCUGCAGCUGCACGACACAACAUUGGUGUUUUUGAACUCCAUACUCUCGAAAUGUAAUUACAGUUUCUGCUCCAUGACAAAAGGAUGGAUGAGAAAUAUCCUGCACAGCCAAUACAAGUUUUAUCAAGAUUGUCAGUCUGCCAGCAGCAGCACAUUCUGGACGGCUCGUAUUCUACUGUACAUCUGGUGUUGCCAGCUGCCACACUUGUAUUAGAAAAGUGGCUUGGUGAUGCAUGACUGUGUGAAUAUCAGAGCCCAGUUAAACAUGUUCUGCCUUGAAAUCAUGUUUGUUUCUCGGCCGACUGCACAUCAGUGCGCUGCUCCCAGACACUAGGGGUUAUUCUAGGACAGGAAGUUAACUUUUAUCUCAUGAUUUUUUCAUAUAUUUUAGUGGGGAAACCACAUAUCAACAUUGUUCAUCAAAUGUGAGUGUGCAUUCAUUGUUUAUUAUUCAGAGGAGAAACCUCAGCUGGUAUCCUCGCAUUCAUAUACAAGUGCUAAAGCUCCCGGGAACCAGCUCCAACAUCUGAUGAAGAUUUCUCCUGUUUUGAAUGUCUGAAACAGGAUGAUGCCCCCUGAUGGCUUUUAUUACUUUCUGUUGUACCUGCCAAGAAGACAAAUUAAUCAAGAAAUAAAAGAUGAUGCAGUUCA